GAUCUACAGGUCGAUACGAAUUUUAUCGAUAUUUUGUAUUUCGUUUUCAGUUAACAUUUUAGGUUGUUUGAAAAUUCAACUUUUAUAUAGAAUCUAUAGCAACAUUCAAUAUGGCGACCACCGGACAGAUUACAGACCCUGAGCUAGCCAACGCUUUUGCUGAAUUGUCUAUGAAGAAGAUUCAAGCAGAGAAUCAAAUCAGGCUCUCCAAUGUACAGAUCGAAAGUUUAAACAGAAAAAUUCAGCACUCUAAACUUGUUGAGCAAGAAGUCGCUAGUCUCCCUCAAGAUGUUCACAUUUAUAAAACUAUUGGACGGAUGUUUUUGCUUCAAAAUCAAGGUCUCAUCAUUGAAGAUUUGAAAAACAAGCAGCAGUCUUUUACUGAUAAAAUUAAAACUUUAGAGUCAUCAAAAGAGUACCACCAGAGAAAUGUUGAAGAAUUCAAGAACAAUGUUCGAGAGUUGGUCAUGACAAAACAGAAUCAUCCCUAAUCUUGUAUUAUUUCUUAAUUACUGAUGUGUACAUUUGUUUGCUAUGGGUGUGUUUGUUUCUAAAUGCAUUGAUAGGAAUGUAUGAGAACAGUAUAUUUUAGGUUGAAAAAAAAAGGAUUUAUUUCACAAGUGUAAUAUAUUAUAAAAAUUGUCUUAUUUCAAAAUAUACUAGAAAGACUUGUGCAAUCUUUAACUGUAAAAUAUAUUUUUUUUUAAAGCAUCAAGAAAUGAAAUUUGAUUUUUUUUUUAAAAAAAAGGGUUAUCACUGUAAACAUAUAUUUGAUACCAGUACUUUGUCAACUUUGGAAAUGCUUUUUUUAUAAUAUAAAUAUAAAUUUAAUUAACUUAAAUAAAUUUUAAAAUGAGUUUGAUAAUAAAUUCAUUAAAUCAGC